UAUUGGAAGGUGAUUGGUAGGGCUGGAUUUUCGGUUACAUCGGUUAUAACCGGUAACCGACCGGUCGGUUACCGGUUAAUUAAGGAGCCAAGUGAGCUUACCGUCAACCGACCGACAGGUGCCCUCGGUCAACUGCCAACCGACCAGUCGGUUACCGGUUAGUUGCGCGGUUAACCGUGAAAACCGCAGCAACACAAUCGGUUCACUGAAACACAGCAAAAGGGGCGUUGUUCGGGCCUCGGGGAGGCGAUGGCGGUGCAGGCCUGCAGGGGUAAUGUUCGUGGGGAAGGAAGGGCGGCAGCGGAACUCUCGACGGGGGCGGAGCCCUCGACGGCGACAGAGCUCUCGACAGAGACAGUGUCGCGCGGGAGGAGGAGGACUGCUAUGGAUGGACGAUGGUGGCGCCGAGGCGAGGUCGUGCAGCAAAGAAGGGUGGCGACGGAGCGAAGGCGCUGGCGGCGACUAUAUUAUUUUCCGACGGCGAUGCUCUCUGGUUCGUCGCUACACAGCGGGCGGCGAUGGGUGGGAGUGGGAGCCUGGGGAGAUUUGCGAAGGCGAAGAGGUUUAGUAGGGCAGGGGGCGGGUCUGGGUCUGUCUGGGGUAGGGUUAGGAAGUUAGGAGGGUCGGCGUCGUUUUGGGGGGUAAAAGGGGAGGGGGUUUGUGUUCGGUUAGCCGGUUAACCGACGAUUAUUACCGUCGGUUACUUGGUCAACCGACACAGUAAUUCCCCAUCCGACAACCGCCCGAAGUGUUUAAUUUUCGGUUAUCGGUUAACUGGCUAACCGACGGUUAUCGGUUUAACCGCCGGUUAACCGGCAACCGAUAACCGAAUGACCAGCCCUAGUGAUUGGUGUUCGUGUUUGGUUCUCUGUAAAUUGCGGGUGAUAGAAAGUGAAUGGAGUAGUGAUCAACAAGAAUAUGAGUAUGAGUGAAAUUUUGUGAUAAUGUGGAACAAAAAUGAAUUGGAUUAGGUGUAUUGAUAUUUAGUUGAAAAAAAAGACAUUGAGAAUCUCAAACUAGGAAGAAGCAAUCUAACCAGAGGUUGAGAAGACGAAGUCCCACAAAAGGGAUGUAAACGACAACAAGGAAAGUAAAAACAACAUGGACUUGAAUCAACAAAGUGAACUAGACGAAACUAACAAAGCAACGAAACGAUAAUCAGAGGGGGCGGAGGGCUACCGCCGACCGCUGGGGAGACGCCAACAAAAGAUCCAUGACUGAAGAAAAAUGGUUAUAAAGAGGUUAGACGAAA